CCUUCCCGGGGGAGGAGCCGCCCCUGCGGCCAGGUCAGAAACCGGCCAGGCCCCUGGGCUGGGGAUUUGCUGUCCGAGCCGGAGCUCCGGGGCCAUCGGUGGGGACCUUGCAGGAGGGCACCCCAGUCCUUCCAGCCCAGCCCCUACGCGCAGCCCGACUCCGUAGGACCCCGCGCGCCCCUCUCCAUGGCGGCACCGUCGCGGCUCCUGAUCCGCGGGGGUCGAGUGGUCAACGACAACUUCUCCGAGGUGGCCGACGUGCUGGUGGAGGACGGCGUGGUGCGGGCGCUCGGGCACGACCUGCUGCCUCCCGGGGAAGCGCCCGCGGGGCUGCGGGUCCUCGACGCCGCCGGCAAGCUGGUCCUGCCCGGAGGCAUCGACACGCACACGCACCUGCAGUUCCCCUUCAUGGGCUCGCGGUCCAUCGACGACUUCCACCAGGGCACCAAGGCUGCUCUCGCAGGAGGCACCACCAUGAUCCUUGAUUUCGCCAUUCCUCAGAAAGGUGACUCCCUCAUCGAGGCCUUUGAGACCUGGCGAAGCUGGGCUGAUCCCAAAGUUUGCUGCGACUACAGCCUUCAUGUGGCAGUGACGUGGUGGAGUGACCAGGUUAAAGAAGAAAUGAAAAUCCUUGCGCAAGAUAAAGGUGUUAACUCUUUCAAGAUGUUUAUGGCCUAUAAAGAUCUGUACAUGGUGAGAGACCUGGAGCUGUACGCAGCCUUCUCUCAGUGCAAGGAAAUUGGGGCAAUUGCCCAGGUCCAUGCAGAAAAUGGAGACUUAAUUGCAGAGGGAGCAAAGAAGAUGUUGGCUCUGGGGAUAACAGGCCCUGAGGGCCACGAGCUGUGCCGCCCAGAGGCAGUGGAGGCAGAGGCCACACUGAGAGCCAUCACCAUAGCCAGCGCUGUGAACUGUCCUCUGUACGUUGUGCAUGUGAUGAGCAAGUCUGCAGCUAAGGUGAUAGCGGAUGCAAGGAGAGAUGGGAAGGUGGUCUAUGGAGAACCCAUUGCGGCCAGUCUCGGCACAGAUGGCACUCACUACUGGAAUAAAGAAUGGCACCAUGCCGCCCACCACGUCAUGGGUCCACCGUUGCGACCAGACCCUUCAACACCCGACUUCCUCAUGAAUCUGUUGGCUAAUGAUGAUCUAACCACAACAGGGACUGAUCAUUGUACUUUCAACACUUGCCAGAAAGCUCUUGGGAAGGAUGAUUUUACCAAGAUCCCCAAUGGGGUGAAUGGUGUUGAAGACCGGAUGUCAGUAAUAUGGGAGAAAGGCGUGCAUAGUGGUAAAAUGGAUGAAAACAGAUUUGUGGCAGUCACAAGCACAAAUGCAGCCAAAAUCUUUAAUCUCUAUCCAAGAAAAGGAAGAAUAGCUGUAGGAUCAGAUGCUGACAUCGUGAUUUGGGACCCAAAAGCCACAAGGACUAUCUCAGCAAAAACUCAUCAUCAGGCUGUUAACUUCAACAUUUUUGAGGGCAUGGUUUGCCAUGGGGUGCCCCUGGUGACUAUUUCAAGAGGCAAAGUGGUGUAUGAAGCUGGAGUGUUCAGUGUCACAGCAGGAGAUGGGAAGUUUAUUCCUCGAAAACCAUUUGCUGAAUAUAUUUACAAACGAAUAAAGCAGCGUGACCAGACUUGCACACCGACCCCCGUGGAGCGUGCACCUUAUAAGGGAGAAGUCACCACACUGAAAUCCAGAGUGACAAAGGAAGAUGCCACAGCAGGGACCAGGAAACAGGCCCACCCCUGAAGUGUGUGCUGUUGGUAAAAUCAGAGGAAAGGUGGCUGGCAUUCCCUUCACAGCCAAACAUCAGCCCAUGGAGAAGCAAGCCCUAUUCAACUCCCUGGGAUCCUUUAGGAAAAAAUCACCGCUCCAGGCUUCUUUGAUUUUCUUUCAGAAGCAAUUGCUGUCUUUCUCACUGUGUCUUUGUUGCUGGGUAAGAUUGAAGGUACAAAUUUAUAUUAUUGUGAUGGAAAGGCUGUGUUGAAAUUCACUGAUGAUACUUCAAAAUGUCAUCUUCUCUUGUACUAGAUUUCUUACUUUGAAUUUUAAAAAAAUCAUUUUCUUGUUUAAAUAGUUUCUUUUAAAAAAUGGUUACAUAGUUUUAAAAUAGCUCUGUGAUUCUACUUUUCAUUGCAAUUAAUAAACAUUGAGAUCUUUAUUUUAUA